ACGCUCGGCGCCACCGCACGCCCCGCCACCUUUGUCUCCGACCUCGCCACAGCUUCCAUCACACGCCGCACACAUGCGCCAAACCAAUGACUGACGCACUCACUCCUCAUAAGGGCUCGCCCGUCGUUCUUACUCCUGCUUCUGAUCACCAUUGCCCGACAUGAACGAUCAUCGCCCGCUGCCAGUCGUACCACGCUCCCCACGCUUCCAAUUUACCCCACUCUCUCCACUCUCUCCACUCUCGCCGCUCUCUCCACUCAUGCCUCUUUCUCCACUCUUGCCCCUCUCUCCACUCUCUCCACUCUCGCCGCUCCGUCCACUCCAGCCGCUCCAGCCGCUCCAGCCGUCUUCGCCACUCUUCCCCUCUUACUUGCCGCGCAGUACAAGAAGGCGGCGCUCCACCGCUUCAGCUCCACCUCCCGCCUCAAGGUCGCCACCUGCGACGUGCGCCACUAGAACCCACUGUCACAGACAAGCCGACUCCAUGAUCAUACUCCGUCCACGCAUGCACGAGGCUGCGCUCGGAACGCUCGUGGAGCUGGACCUCGAUGACGCCGCGCUCGAAAUGGUCGGGGGGACGAACACAGGCACGCACUACUCACUCCCUGGGCGUGUGCGCGUCACUUUUCCCGCGCUCUCUGCCGCCUUCGGAGGCCGCUACCGCCUCCUCCACAAUCUGACAGUGACGUUCGAAGGCAAGUCGGAGUACGUCGACCCGGAGCGGUACAUGCCUCUGCGAGUGCACCGCACUUCGCUGUCUCUCCUCACGAACUCGUACACCAUCUCCCCCAUCUGCCCGACCUACGGCACCAUCACGAUCGACCUGCCCUUUGACCUGCGCGUGCCCGGCUGGCUCCCGCCGUCGCAUGUGAGCCGGCACGCCACGACGAGCUACGGCCUCGUGGCGGAGGCGACGGUGGGCUGGGCGAACGAGACGCACUACUCGCGCGUGCCCUGCGCCACCCCGCUCAUCGUAGACGGCGCCUUCGCACCGGCACGCACCACCCGGUCCGCAUACACGCCCAUCCGCAUCAAGCGGCACCGCCUGCACCAGCCCAUGCCGGCGGACGAGUCUCCGCGCCGCCACUGGCCUUUCAAGUGCAAAACCCUGCCGGUGGACCUGACCAUCAAGCAUGCAGAGUACGUCGACCUGGCCGACCCGAAAGGCAUCAAAAUCGACAUGCACUUGCGUGCGAACUCAAGUGCGCGGUGCGAGGGGCACGAGGCCUCGGGCGGGCGGCACGAGUGCGCCUCCUUCGGCGCAGGGGGCGCCGAGGGGCGCGGGUUGUCUGCGUCUGCGUCUACCUCCGUGUCUGCUUCCGGGCCUGCUUCCGAGUCCGCACCCCACACCUCCCCCGACGACGACGUGGCAAUGCCCUGCGACCCCGAGCCGGUCGCACACGUCGUCCACAUCGCGAUGGAGAUCGAGGAGCGCGAAGACGUCCGCUCGACGCCGUCUGCCGCGUUCCUCGCGUCCUACCCCCUCCCCAACCAAGACGGCGCCCUCCUCGGCCCCAGCCGUGCGCCCGCCGCCCCGCCCCCCACCUCCGAGCCCACACGGCGGCGGAUCCAGCGCGCCUGCCUCCUCCUUCCCACCGGCCAGCCGCAGAGCCACACAUUCGACAAGGCCCGCCCCGUCGGCCCGACCACCAAGCGCAUCAAGGGCGCACUGACCUUCAACCAGGUGGGCCGGUUCCCGCAGCCCGACAUGAGCGGCCCGUUCGUGCGCAUCUCCCACUAACUCAAGACGCACGUGACAUUCCAGCGCGGCGGCUUGUUCUCUACCGAAACGUUCAAGACCCCCGUGCGCCUCGUUACAUGUCCCAGCC